CUUAUCAUGAAUCAAACCAGAAAGAGAAAUGGAUUUCACGAAUUCCAGAUCUCAAUCAGCUUUCGCAGAAAGAGAAAAGGAGAAUGUUGAUAGCUUAGGAGAGAAGGAGUGGGUAACAGAGGGUGCGAGUGCGAUAUCCAGACAGCUCCAGUUGAAGUCUUCAAAAGCCCGUUUCCAGAGUCUGGACAAACAAGCUGUCCUUGGACGCUUACAGCAACACAGGUCUUACAACAGAGCCAAAAGCGCUUUGGAGGCUCUGAUGGACACCUCUGAUGCCAACUCCGCCACUGUGCAUGAACAAAAGUGGUUUCAUCUGGCUGACUCUUUCUCUUCUCCAUAACUGGAAACACCUUAACUACUACUAUACUAUUUGUCACCUUCUGAAUACCACCUUCUAUUAUUAUCUUGUAUGCAACUUCUCAUAACCUCUUAAAAGAGUAGAAGCACCAAUCUUCACUAAAAAUGAGUAUCGCUUAUACAAAUUCCUCCUAAUGAUAAGAACUCUUCAUGCUCCAUUUAAUGGUUUAUCUCUGUCUACAGAUAUUUUCUUUAAGAAAAUUAAGCUCUUAAUCUUGUUCUUUAAUAAUAAUAAUAAUAAUAAUAAUAAUAAUAAUAAUAAUAAUAAUAAUACUUUAUAAUUUAGUUACUUCCAUAGAGAUUGUUUAUUUACUUAUCUCAAUCUAAGAUGAGAUAUAUUUUUCAGUUAAAAUAUAUUGGAGUUAAAAAUAUUUUGAGAAAAAUAUCAUUAAUUUAUAAUCUUUUUUGGAGUAAAACAUUACUAAAGUCUCUUCACCUGUUACCAACUUGGAGGUUUAAUUUCUGACCCACCUUCCUAUUGGAGUACUUUCUCCUGUUCACUUAUUUUGAAAUAAUAUUAAAAUAUCAAUCCAUGUAAAAUAAAA